AUGCUGGCUCUUUUUCUGAUAUCUUGCUUGCCUCAUUUGGUCCACGGCGAGCAAACUAUUGUGGAGGGCCCUCAGGAAUCAUUUGUCUUCAGUGGCCAAACUGUAGUCCUCAAAUGCAAAGUUGAUAAUCAGAAAGGGGCUGUGCAAUGGAUGAAAAACGGGUUUGGGCUCGGUGUAGACCGACAACUGAAGUUUUUCCCAAGGUACUCUAUGAUAGGCAGUGCAAGCAAAGGGGAAUACAAUCUACAGAUAACAAAUGCCACGCUUGGCGAUGACGACAUCUACGCUUGUCAGAUUAGCGAAGCUGCUCAUGAACCGUCGGUGAUAUCAAGCCCCGUCAAGCUCACAGUUCUCAUUCGACCAACACCGCCGAAAUUGCUCAAGAAAAGUCAUGUGAUGAAUGCAAUAGCAGGGGAAACUAUAGUGCAAUCUUGUCUCUCCAAGAAAGAUAGAAGCGUAUUGUAUUUAGGAAAACCUCCACCGCGUCUUGGGUGGGCACUUAGUAAUGAUCCUGAUGGUCGUAGCAUUGCUACAUGGCUAGGAGAGACACGAGUCAAGUUUUCUCACCUCUUCAAAUCACAUGGAGUUACGCAAGAAUCUUUGCAAGCAGAAAUUCAAGAAGAAAUACAAAAAGAUGGCCAUGGUUACAUAGUGAGCAGUAAUGUAAGCUUCGUUCCCCGUCCUGAUGACGAUCGGAAAUAUCUUGUGUGUUUGAGUCAACACGACACCUUCCCAGAUAAGAGUGAAUCCGACUCGCUAAAGCUCGUCCUACAGUACGCUCCACGUGUGAAUCUCUCGUUAGCUUCCACACAUCGCUUACGUGAAGGCGGAUCAGCUCUGCUUGCUUGCAGUGUUGAUGCGAAACCGAUUGACGACAUACGAAUCAUGUGGUUCAAAAACGGAAACAUACCGCUUCCACAGACCACAGACACUUUGGUCUUCGAAGUACUCAAAAUGGAAGAUCACCGAAGUGAGUACACAUGCCAAGCGUCAAACUCCAUCGGAACCAGCCGUGCAUCGCUCAAAAUGGACGUAUCAUUUGGGCCUCGAAUCAUGUCGAGUUCGCAAGAAAAAGAAGUCAGCGAAGGCGAAUCGACAUCAUUUCGAUGCGAUGCCGUUGGAAAUCCCCUGCCAUUAGUGUUCUGGACAAGAGCAGGAGAUGAGCAGAUCAUUGCGAAAGGAGACACGAUCACGAUAGAAAAUGUUCGCAACUGGCAACAGGGAGAAUACAUAUGCACAGCAAUAGUUGAAGGUUUUAAACACGCCUCUAUGUCGCACUUCCUUCAUAUUCGAGGUGCCCCAGUGAUCACUGUCCCUGCAGAGGUUACAGCGGGAACCGGUGAAUCAACAGAGAUUUCAUGCCAUAUUAGUGGACGGCCAAAGCCGCUUGAAAUUCGGUGGACAAAAGAUGGUGAGCCGCUCAACUAUGCCAGUGGCCGAACGCAAGUACAUCAGAUUCCACGUUUGUAUGGAGUGGAGAGUCGUUUGACAUUCAAAGAUUUACGGGACAGUGAUAUGGGUAUCUACAACUGUACUGCCAAUAAUGGGAUGGCUACCAAUUCGAAGAGUGUUCAUUUGAAGAGGAGAGGAGUGACCGAUAUUUUAGCUUCUCUACAGAAUAUUACACUGAUUGCACCGGUUGCUGGUCUAUUGAUAUUACUGGGGCUUCUCUGUUGUUGUGUGGUUCGCAGAAGGCAUGAAUUACUGAAAAAAGGCAUAAAAUUUGUUGAUGAUCCGUCUGACGUCACGGUGAAAUGUGAAGUACUUGAUGGCUCAUUUUAUCCUGCGAUGUACAGCUGUAGCGCUGAACCUGGGAACGUCGUUUCCUCAAAGGAUUACGUGUCGAUUCCACAGAACAGUCCGGAUUUGGAUUAUAUACAGAGCACGGCGUUUCCCAAUCCGCUCUACCCUACCUGCGUCAAUUCUUCUUUGAAUGAGUACAAUGUAAUGUGCGCCAGAUUCGAGCACUCGUAUGGAUCAUUCGCGUCAGGAGUCUCAACACCAGGAGGCUUUUCUGAUGUGUACGCCGUGUCCACUGAGAAAGCGCAAGGCUUAGAGACUCUCCAAGAGAUCGACACUCCGAAAACGUCAACUCACAACCUUGUGCCAUCUCCCGAUAAGAUAAGACCACCAAGUCGGGCAUCCACACAUGUAUAA